AUGUUUAAAAAGGAUAUAAAAAAUAUUUACAUAAAAAAUUACAUUAAGAAGAUAUAUAUUGUAAAAAGAUAUAAUGAAAAUAAUACCAUCGAAGAGAAAAAAAGUAGUAUUCUUUACAAAGAUUUCAAUGAUUUUAUAAUUAUUUUAGUAAAUAUAAGGAAGUAUGAAAAAACUUUAAAAAAAUUAAAAAGUGAUAAGAGCAAAUCUGAUUUUUCCAAAAUAUUGCUAGAAUAUUUAGAUUUUUAUAUAGCUAAUUUUGGUUAUAAAUUUCACUCCUUCAUUUUAGAAUAUAAAAGUGAUUUGAUAACAAAUGAUUUAAAUAACUGUUAUGUUAUAGAUAAAUUAAAAAAAUGCCAUAUUGAGAGUGUUGUGAGGAAUGAAUAUUCACGAAUAUUAUUUAAAUAUGAUAGUAUAAAAUAUUUGUUGUAUUAUAUAAAAAAACAUAUAAUUUUAUUUGACACUUUUAACACAAAUUUUCAGAAGUUACUAGUAAAAUAUUUAUCUUUCGCUUUAAAUCCUUUGAAUUUACUUAUUUUUGUAUAUUUAAAGGUCUAUAAUAAAAAUGGUAUGAAUAUAAAAGAAGAAAAUGUAUGCAACAAAAAAAAAACAAAUAAUCAAAUAAUUUGUGAAAAUAAAGAAUCCACAGAAAAUAAUAUAGAAUUAAGCAAUGAACUAUGUAUGAAUAAUUUAAAUAAAUCACAAAUCUUUGAUAGCAGUAACUUUUUUUGUAAUGAUUUAUAUUCCUUUAUAUGUUUUUAUGGGGAAUAUAUUACAAAAUACACUAUAAUUAGAUGUUAUAGUGAAAUAUGUGCCAACAAAGAACCUAUAAAAAGAAAAUUGAAAAUAUAUCAUUGGAUAAAAAAUAAAAUUAGAAAUGAUUUAAUACAAAAAAUUUGUUCGAAUAAGUGUUAUAAAAAUUUGAAAUUAAGUGAUCAAAUUAAUGAAAAUAUUUUUAAUUUUUAUGAAAGUAAUUUAAAUAAAUAUAGUCAAAAUCUUAAAAGAUUCACUGAAGUUGGAAGUGGGUUUAAAUGUAUUAAAAUGUCUCACAAAAAUUUUUCUUACAUUUAUGAAUUAGUUUUACUUCUUUAUUUUAUAAAAAAAUGCCUUUUUAAUUUGAAUGAAAAUAUUAAUAUGUUUUUUCAAGUUUUCCUUUACAGUUUAUUUAAAACGAUAAAAAUGAUUAUUAUAUAUCUAUAUUUUAAUUUACCACAAUAUUUAUGUCAUUACUUCUUAAAUAUUUAUCUAUUGUUUUUUAAAAGUAAAAAAAAGCAAGUGAAUGAUGUUUUGAAAAAAAUGAAGAAUACAUACAAAAAUAUUAUGAGCCAUAUUUAUAUACAAAAAAAAAUUUAUUUUAAAGAAAAAAUAUGCAAAUAUACAGGAAUUAAGAAACCUAUAGAAGACAAAAAACGUUCAAAUAAGACAACAUUCGUAAAAGUUAAUGUGAAUAAUGUAGAAGGAAAAAAAUAUAAAAAAAUUUUAAAUCUAACAUAUUUUGAAAUUAAAAAUUAUAAUGGAAAAAAGCAAAAUAGGAAUGAAUUAAGAAAAUUUAAAAUUAUUCAUUCAUAUGGUGCUGUUAUACAACUGAAAUAUAAUAAUGAACUAUUUUUAAGAGAAAAGAAAAAAAAUAACAAAAAAAAAUUCCAAAAAAAAAAAAAAAAAAAAAAAAUUCGCUUUAUAUACCCUAAUAGAUUUGAAAGCAUGAAAAGAUACUCUUUAUUAUAUAGAAUUAUUUUAAAAAAUAAAUUCAAAAAAAACAGGAGGUCUACUAUUACCGAUUUAAAUAUUCAAGAAAAUUCAAUGAAUUAUUUAUUAGAUAAUGCAUUAAUAAAUAACUAUAAUGAUAACAGUGCUUUAAAAAACGACGAGUAUUUUAAUUAUAAUAAAAUUAAUACCAAUUCAAGAGAAAAUUAUUAUUAUAAGAAGAAUAUAUUAAAUAAACUAUUUAAAAGUAUAUUUGAUAAUUUAUGUAAAGAGAAUAAAUUCAUUUUAAAUGAGAGAAAUAAAAAUAUACUUAACAGUGAAAAUAAUGUAUGUAAUAAGGAUAAUUAUAUAAAUUAUGAAUAUAGCGAAAAUAAGAAAAAUGCAAAAAGUGAAGAGAAUAUUAUCAAUGAAAUUAAAGAAAUUUGUAGAACAGAUGAAACAAAUAUCAUUAGUUCAAAUAAUAUUCAUUUACAUGAAAAUGCCCAAUUUAAAAAUGAAAUCAAAUUAAGUAAUUUAAAAUUAUCAGUAAGUAUAGAAAAUAAUUCCACUGAAAAUUAUAACGAAAAUGAGAAAAAUGGCAAAAAUCAAGAAAAAGUAGAAAAAGAAGAAAUACAAGAAAAGAAAGAAAAAGAAGAAAUAGAGGAAACAGAAGAAAUACAAGAAAAGAAAGAAAAAGAAGAAAUACAAGAAAAGAAAGAAAAAGAAGAAAUACAAGAAAAGAAAGAAAAAGAAGAAAUACAAGAAAAAGUAGAAAAAGAAGAAAUACAAGAAAAGAAAGAAAAAGAAGAAAUAGAGGAAAAAGAAGAAAUACAAGAAAAGAAAGAAAAAGAAGAAAUACAAGAAAAAGUAGAAAAAGAAGAAAUACAAGAAAAGGAAGAAAAUGAAGAAAAAGAAGAAAAAGAAGAAAAGGGGCAAAAUAAAGGAAAUGAAAAAACGUUAGAAGUAGAGGAAAAAGUAGAAAAAGAAGAAAUACAAGAAAUAGAAGAAAGGGAACAAAAUAAAGAAAGUGAAAAAACGUUAGAAAUAGAGGAAAAAGUAGAAAAAGAAGAAAUACAAGAAAUAGAGGAAAGGGAACAAAAUAAAGAAAAUGAAAAAAAGUUAGAAGUGGAGGGAAAAGUAGAAAAAGAAGAGUUACAAGAAAUAGAAGAAAGGGAGGAAAAUAAAGAAAAUGAAAAAACGCUAGAAGUGGUGGAAAAAGUAGAAGAAGAAAUACAAGAUAUAGAGGAAAAAGAAGAAAUAGAAGAAAGGGAACAAAGUAAAGAAAAUGAAAAAACGUUAGAAGUAGAGAAAAAUGAAGAAAAUCAACUAAGUAAAAUAAAAAAUUUAGAUAAUGGCAGUUUUUCAGAAUAUGAAAACUUCAAUAAUAAUUCAGUAUAUAGCAAUGAAUUUUCUAAAAACAAUAAAGAAAAAGAGUACUAUAAUGGAAAUAUAUCAAAAGAGAAAUAUUGCAAUAAUAUUAAUGAUAUAAGGGAUAAUGUGAGUAUAAGUUGUAAGAGCGAUGAAAAAUAUAAGAGCUAUUUUACUGAAGAACUGAGUACUUCAGAAAAAUUAACAAGUGAUUAUGAUUAUUAUUUGAAAAUAAAAAAAGAUAAAAAAAAAAUAAAUAUAAAUACUAUAGGAAUUAUAAAUAAAACAAGAAAAAAUAGAAAAAAUCAAGAAAAGGAGAAAAAGCAUAUUAAAUUGCAAAAAGAAAUUUGCAAAUAUAAAUAUCCAAAAGAUAAAAAAGAGUCCAAUACUUCGAUAGAAAAUGAUCAAAAAUACAUAAAAAUUGAUAUACAAGAAAAAGAAAUAAUAAAAAAAAAAGAAAAAAAAAUUGAAAUAUUAAAUGCUGGCAUAGAAAGUAUAAAUGCAGAAAAUGAAGUUACAGAAUAUAAACAAAAAGAAAUAGUUGAAAAUGAAAAAGAAAAAGAAAAAAGGGAAAUAAAUAUAAAAGAUAUAGAAAAAUGUAAUAAAGAAGUAUUAAAAGAAAAAAUAGAAAAUAAUUUUAGUAAUGAUAAAAUGGAUAAUGGAUAUUAUGAAGAUAAUAUUGAUAGCAAAUAUUAUGAAUAUGAAGUAGAUACUAAAUAUAAUGAAGAAAAAACAGAGAAUAAAUGCAUUGAAGUAAAAAUUGAUGAACUGAAUAAAGAUACAAAAUAUACGGAAAAAGACCAAAAUUUAUUCACAAGUUUACAAAGUGAAUGUAAUAAGCUUAACGAAAAUAUUAAACAAGAUGAAUGUAAGGAAAGUGAUGAAAGUAUAAAAAAAAUAAUGGAGAACAAAGAAGAUAACCAAAGUAAAGAGGUUGAUAAGAAAGAGUAUGAAAAUAGUAAAAAAAAAAAAGAUUUAAAAAAAAAUAUCCUAGACGAAACGGGUUUAAUUGAAAAUGAUUCUUUAAGUGAUGAUACAUUAAAAACUAAAAAUAGUAAGAAGCUAAUAUUUAAUUUAUCUUUAAGUGAUAGCGAAGAGUCUCUAAUACUGGAAAGUGUGGAAAAUAAAAAAAUGAAAACACAUUUAAAUGAUGUAAAAGAAAAUUUUUUUGAUUCAGAUAAGGAGAAUGAUAUAUUAGAAAAAUUAAGUGAAUCAUCAGAUUUAAUUGAAUCAUAUGAAAAAAAAUGUGAUAAAAUGGAAGAUUUAAAAAUAUUACAUGAACAUUUUGAAUUAAAACAUGAGUAUAAUGAUGCAAAAAAUGUAGAAGUAGAUAAAUCAUUUAUAGACACAUGCGAAAUUUACUUAAAUGAAAAAUUAGCAACUAAGAGAACAUCAUGUAAUAAAUUUAAAUUAGUUAUUAUUUAUUUGUUUGAUCAUUAUAUUAUAGGAGGUAUAAACUUAAUCAACCCUUAUAAAAGUGGUGAAAAUGAAAGAUAUGUAUAUUUUACGAAUAUUCAAUCAAAUAUAAAUGACAUAGAUCAUACAAAAAUAUUUAGAUAUAAUGAUAAAGAAUUAAUAGAAACGUUUAAAAGAAAUUCUGAAAUAUGUCUAUUGAGUGAUAAAAAUGAAAAAAGAAUAAUGAAAAUUUUAUCAAAAUGUGGAAAAGGAUUAAAUGGCUCUAUUUUUAAAUGUAAAAUUAAUGGAAAAUUAUUAGCAUGUAAGGUUCAGCAUAAACUUAUUUUAGCCAAAAAGGAAAUAUAUUUUUCUUAUUUACUUAAAGUAAGAAAAUGUAAUAAAUUUAAUAAAUAUUCAAAGAAUAGUGAUUCAUAUUAUAGUAACAAGAAUAUAUUUUUUGAAAUUUAUGAGCACGAAAAUAAAUAUAUAUUUCCUGAUGAAUUACAUUAUAAGGUGAAUCAUGAGGCAGACAAUAGUAUAACUGAAAGUUCAAAAAUUGCAAAUGAAAUAAAGAGAAAUGAUAAAAAUCAAAAUAAAGAUAAAGGAUUGUCUAUAUUGCUAAUGAAGACUCAUAAUUAUGUAAUUACUCUAAAUGAAUUAAUAAAUAAUUUUAUUAGAAAAAAUCAUAAGUGUAUAAAUGAAGAACUUAUAUUAUUUAUUCUAUACCAAAUAAUAGUUGCAGUAUUACAAUUACAUGUUUUAGACAUAUUACAUGGAGAUAUAAAAAUAGAUAAUUUUUUAAUUAUAAAAAACGAAAAAUUAUGUGAUGGAGGGAGAAAUAAUAUAAAUAACAAUUAUAAAAAAAAAAAAGAAAAAAAAGAUUAUAAUACUAAGAAAAAAGAAAAAAAUUAUAUUCUAAAUGAUAAAUUAAAUAACUAUGAUAAAAAUACUUUUUUAAAAAAUGAAUUCCCUUUAAAUCUGUUCUUAAUUGAUAUUGGUCGCGGAAUAGAUGUUAAAAAUUUUAAGAAAUAUCUUUUUUAUGGAGAAAAAAAUUGUGAUUGUUAUAGUUUUUUAAAUGAAUCCAUCUAUAAUUAUCACAUAGAUUUUAUAGGAAUUGCUCAAAUAGCUAGCUGCUUAUUAUUUUAUAAGCACAUAGGUCAUAUGAAAUAUAAAUACGAGCAUAGUAUAGAAGAUAAAAACAAUAUAAUAGUAAACAAUUUAGGAAUCACAUACUCAACACAUAAUAAUCAUUUUUUUGAUAAUAAAAAAAAAAAAAAGAAUUUGAUUACAACUAAUAAUAACAAAUACAGAGAAAUAGAAAAUUUCAUAAAAUUAAAAGAAAAAAUAUAUCAAGAGAAAAAAGAAAUUAAAGACGAUAAACCAUUUAAAAAUCAUCCUAGAGAAUAUAAAAAUAACAUGCUACAUGGCAUUGAUAAGGUAAAAUAUUGCAAUGAUGGUAAUAAUAAUAAAAAAAAAGAGCAAAAACAAGAUGGAUAUCAGUAUAAUGAAAAAGAAAAUAAAAUAAAUAAGGCAGGUGUUGAUGAAAAUAAUGAUUUAGAUAAUAUUUAUUUUAAGGAUUACUCAAAGAAUUUGUAUGUAGAUGAAAAAAAUUACGAAAAAAUUAAUCAUUAUUUAAAUCAAAUAAAAAAACAAGCGGAAAAUUACUUUGUUGAAAAAGACAAUAAAAACAAAAUAAAAAAUUUUAAUAUAAAAUUAAUACUAAAAAGAAAAAAAUAUUCAGAAUUUUGGGAAAUGUUUUUCCAUAUUUUACUCAAUUUUUGUAAUGUAUAUGAACUAAAUUCUGUUCACUAUAAUUCUAAUGAAAUAAAUAAAGAUCCUCAAAAAAAUUGUUAUCAUAAGUUAAUUAAUAAAACGUACAAUUAUUAUUUUGAUUUUGAUAAAAAUAACUGGGAAGAAAUAAAUAAAAAUGAUAAAUGUGAUUUUUCCAUUAAAGAAAAUAGAAACUAUUCCUUUUAUUGUGACAAGAAAUAUAGUACUAAUGACUUCGAUAAGAAUAGUAAAUUAUUAUCAAAUAAUUUAUAUUAUGAUAAUAAUAUUAACUAUAAUAAAAAACACAGUAGGUAUCUUAAUGAUGAUAAUGUAAUUAAGCUAAAAAAGAGAAAUUUAAACACACCACUUAUUAAGGAGAAGAUAGACAAUUCUCUAGGUAACAAUAAUAAAUAUUUCUUUAUAAAAAAUUCUAUUUCUAAUUUUAAAAAUAUAAGAAAAACAUUGUAUGUCAACAAGCAUAAUAUAGAAAAAAAUAAAAAUAAGGAUAUUAACAAGGAAGACUCUUACACAAACGGAAAAGGAAGUAAGUUAAUAAAUAAAAGAAAAUUAAUUUUUUUUGAAAAUGAACAAAAUAAAACAAAAUGUAGAAAAUUAAAUAAUGAAAAAUACUAUACUGAAUGUGAUUACAACAAUGCUAAAAAAUCUACAAAAUAUAUUACUAAACUAAUGAAGAAAAAAGCAAUAUUCAUUCUUUUAAAUUUAAAAAGAAUAAUUGAAAGAAUAUUCGAUGAUGAUGAAGAGAAACAGAGAAUUUUAUUAAGUGAACUUUAUACUGCUGCUACUUUUUUUUAA